UCUGUACAUGCGCAGUAGGAGCUGUUGCGUUGUUCGAUAUUCAAAUUUUCGUGACGUCAUCAUUCCUUCGCCCAACUAAGCCAGUGAAAAUGGCUCCUCCGGAAGAGUUCGAGGUGGAGAAACUGCAGGCUCGUAGGGAGAUGAAGGGAAGAGUGGAGUUCCUGGUGCGCUGGAAGGGUUACGGCGCUGAGGAAGACUCCUGGGAACCCAUAUCAAACCUGGAGGGCUGUGUCGACAUGAUACACGCCUUCUACGAGAACAGACGGAGAUUCCUGCUCAAAAAGCAGCAGCAGAUCGAAAACAAGAUCAUCGAGCAGGUCACAUCGUCUAACCCCAACCAGCCGUCCCGUUCUCGGAGUAGAAUUCUCAGUGAAAUGUUGCCGGGAAAUGCGGUUCCCAACGGAUCUGGCCCCAACGGACCCACUACGACACGGUCACUUGAACGCGGUGCAUCUCCUCGGAGGAUCACUGAGAUCAAGCAGGAGCCUGGCAGCGAACCCAUCUCUCCUAGGAAGUCUCCUCAAGCGAGGCAACAGAAAUCUCGGUCUGUGUCACCCAAACGGCAGGGGUCAAGAUCUAUACACAAAGAGGAACCUUCAGCCCGAACUGCAUCACCCAAGAGAAAGCACAAGUCUCCGUCACCACAAAGAAGGACCAAAAGAAAACUCGGAGAAGGGCCGUGUAGCCAGGAGAAAGAUUUCGAGGUCUCCAGCACAACCACUACAACCAGCGAGGCCAGCGAAGCCAGCAGUUCCUUCUCUGUCGGAGCUGAAAACGAACUCAUCACCCCCAAAGCUCUCCCCGCCCCCUCCAGGCGACCAAGUUUGCUAUUGGGACCGACCUCUCCACACCGACAGAGAAGUCUCUCGUUUUCAGCGCAGAUAUCUGCCAGUGAUCCAACCAGCCCGACCAGAAGGAUGCCAUACCAACCGGGAAGCCCACUGAGGAUGCUGCCUGCCGACAGUUUCCCCUUAUCCCACAGCAAGCCCCAGGAGCCCUCCAUGUCGGAAACUCUGUCUGUGACUUGUCCGGAUAGUGUCAAACAACUGACAACACAGCAGCUGUCGCCGGUCGUCAGGAUAAAGCCUGUGUCUGCAGAGGAGAUUUCCCAGCAACGCGAGGCGCCCAUCUCGAGAAGAACAAGAAGCCGUACAUCCGAGUCUGCUGAUGUCAACGUGAAUGGAGAAACAGAAUCAGAUGACUCCGAGAGCCACUCUUCAGCCAGUGUUGUUGAAGUUGGUGCAGUUGUAAAGAGGAGAUCUCCCCGAAAAUCUGGCCCCAAAACUAACACUACCGUGGACCAGGCAAAAGCCAGUGAAAGUGACAGUGAUGACAGCGAGGUCUCGAUAAGACGACCCCUGCCGAGAAAGGUCAAGAGACCAGGAUCCAAGUACAAACACAUCGCCCUGCGGAGUGAAGAGGGAUAUACUCACAUCAAGCUUCUACACAGCUGCAGGGGCAAGCCUAUGUUGAAACCACAGGGUAUGAAAGAACUGACGAAUGCCUUAAACGAGAUAGAAGAUGAUGAUGACAGUAAACUCCUGCUGCUGAGUGGAUCGGGAAGUGUGUUCUGUGCUGGGAUAGACAUCACCUACCUGGCAACACAGGGCUUCCAGAGAAGGAGAAGAGCUGCUGCAGAGCUGGCUGAACCUCUGAGGGAAUUGGUGGAAGCACUGAUCGAGUUCACCAAGCCAAUCGUGGCAGCAGUCAACGGGCUGGCGUUUGGCUUCGGGGCGGCACUGCUCGGCCUGUGUGACAUUGUGUACGCCAGUGAUAAGGCCAUGUUCCAGAUGCCAUACAUGCAGAUUGGACAAACGCCAGAAGGCUGCUCCUCCUACACUUUUCCACUGGUACUGGGAACAGCACUGUCCAGUGAUGUGUUGCUUGCUGGUCGAAGGCUGACUGCAUCAGAGGCAUACAGUAAAGGCCUGGUGUCACAGGUCUUCUGGCCAACCAGUCUAAUGGGGGAGGUCAUCCCCAGAGUCAUCAAAAUGUCCACCUGUUCAGCUAAGGCCCUGGCAAUGUCCAAAGCCUUACUGAGACAGCAGCACAAAGCCAAACUCCUGGCCACCAAUCAGGCUGAAUGUGACAUGCUGAGAGAACGUUGGGAAGACAAGGAGUGUUUCAGAAAACUCAAGGCUUAUGUGGACAGGGAGGGACUGGCCAGCUAAGCCUGCCCCCUGUGGAAGUCUCCCAACUUGUACAGACUUGACUAAUGUAUGAUGUAAUAUUGUAAAAGUGACCACAUUGGUGACUUUGUGUUGGACGUAUGGUUUUGGUAACUGUAGUGCUACUGUGAUGGAGUUGAGUGUGUAGUUGUGUACAUGUACAUCAUAGAUUGUACUACACUUAUUAUACCUCAGGCUUUACAGCCCCUCUCGCCAUAUACUAGUAUAUAUAAGAUAAUCUUGAUUUUUAAGUGUUUGCAUUUGCCUUAAAGAAUGCGUUUGCCUUUGGCUAAGGGUGUCUCUGAGCAAUUGUCAUGAUAAAAGUUUGUCCACAAGAGAAACACAUUUUGACAGACUUGUAAUGCCAGUAGAAAUGAAGCUUGCAGUAUGGAUCUACAAACAUCUCAUUGAAGGUUUUUGCAUAUAACACAUGAUGUACAAAGUUCUCAUGCUUCUGUAGAGUGCUAGGAUUAGCAACGCUUUAAUUGUUGAUAGGGAUGUUGUAAUCCUAUUUAUUCCAAUGUUUAGAAAAUUAUUAUUGACUAUCUGCAGUUAGGUAAAAUGCAGAUUCUCAUGGCCUGACCACUCUCUGAUAUUUGAUAGCAAGAAUGCUAUAGCUGCAAAUAAGAUAAUCCAAGCAAACGUAAAAAUUUCUGCAAUUCUGCAUUUUUUUUCUUAUGAAUCAUUUCUCUGAGUUACGUAUAUCUUUUAUUAAAAAAAUAAGAAAUAGCGUUUUACAUGCUUCCAUGCUAAACUCAAGGUAGAUAAUAAAAAAAUUAUAUUUUUUCUGGAAAAAUCUGAGAACCAACGAAUCAAAUUGGUGUGGCAUAAGAUGGAAGAUUGCUGGAACAGAGACUACACCAAUGUACCGUCUAUACACACAGGUUUUCUCAGAUUAUCAUGAAAGUUCAUCUGUGUUGGUAGUUAUCAUAGUAAAACGUUAAACUUUAUUCCAACACACUAUUUACAGGGAUCAAAUUUUCAGCGACCACUGUCGCCUUCAUCAGGAUAAUUAAUGACCAAUCACUUCACAACGUGAUCUCGCGAGAGUUACGGUUUACAAACACAUGAACUUAUUCACACGAAACACAGGUUUUCUUUCAUGGUCUUGCAAGCUUGUUUCCUUAUAAAGUGUAAGCAGCAGGUGUUAAAGUUCAAGAAGACAAUUGUGCAAGAUUGUGCAUCAGGUGAUUACUAGUAGAUAGUUCAUAUAUGUGAGUGGCUGGUAGAACGAAUCAAGUAAUUUGGAUGAUGCAUUGGUUGGAAGGUUGGUGAACUCAUGAAUGUAUCGUUACAUCUAUAAUCUGGUAUGCAUUAACAUGACAAACAUGUACACGUCACCCUCAGUAUAGUUAUUUAUUUUCUUUUCCUUUAUGACGAUUUAUAUAAAUCUCUUGUAAAAAGUAUAUACCGGUACGGUUGAUUCACGUGAUGAUGUAAAUAUACAAGCAAAAUGGUCUUGGAUUAGGUAAAAUGUAACAAAUGCUCUCAAACUUCCUCAGUACAUCUCAAUACUAUUAACAUCAUGUAACAACCAGAUAUUAAUUCUUGAUUAGCUAACACAACGUCAGAUUUGAUACAAACAUAGUCACCAUUAGAAAAUAAUCUGACCAGAAUAGCAAACAUAAGGACUUCAUGCUUUGGUAUAUACCAAGUUCCUUGUACUGUUACUAUGUAAAUUGCAAUUCUAUGAAGGGACCGGAUUUUCAGACACAUUGCUUCCAUUCUGGAUAAUCCAUGGAAAGCUACUUCAAAGCUAACAAUCUAGAAUUCAAUGAUAGUUAUUAUACUCAUGUUGAUUGUAUACAUUUUUGUUGUAAAGGAGCCAAUUAUUGUGAUUACAGCUGUACUCUUCCAUAUGUUACCACUGUGUUUUCUUAAGUUGUUGUUGCCAAACAAUUGUUUUUUUUAAUGAUUGUUGAACCAGAAGUGUACAUUGUGUACAGAUGUAUUUUUUAGUAUCUCAAGCGCUUUUUGCCAAAGCUGAUAAAAAUCCAGACAGACUGUUGGUUGGUACAACAUUUGAAUUGUGGUCCUCCAGCUAACCUUGUACAAAUCUGGUAGUCCAUGUUGUUGAGACAGAUAUUUUUGUAAAAUUCUUCAACACUUAGAUGCAGUUGUCUCCAAUCGCCAUGGUCUGUUGUAGUAGAUUACAGGCAAUAAACUGCAAAACUCA